CUGGCCUUGACCCAGUGGUUAUCUUCCUGCCUCAGCCUCCUGAGAACUAGGAUUAUAGGGGUGCACCACCUCACCCAGUCCUGUGUGACUUUCAGUAACCUUCCUUGCACCUCAGUAGCCUCACCUAUAAACUAGAGGUCCCCCAAACAACCAGUAACCUUCCUUGCACCUCAGUAGCCUCACCUAUAAAACUAGAGGUCCCCCAAACAACUGGGGUUGACAGUUUCAGGCUCUUUUAGGAACAGGUCCUUGCUAUUCCAGGGGCUAGAAGGACCCUGUAGCUUAGACCCCCAUUGUGUAGCUGACCAUGGCAUGAGAAGACUUCUGCUUGAUGCUAGACUGGAGGCUCUAACAUAUCUCAUUCCCCCAGGCCACCUGGCUUUGCACCCACCUGUGAUUUCCCCAGUCCAGAAAAAUCUCCCUUUCCUCUGUAGUCAGUAAGAGACAGGCAGGCUAAGUUUAGUAAUUCUAAGGCUGGGGCCGGCAAGGACCUGAACAGGGAGUGUCAUGCCCAAGGUCGUGCCCAAGGUCAUACAGCAAAGAGGAACCAGGUGACCAAGAGAUUUGACCCCUCUUCUCCAGCAGCACACACUCCACCAGGCCCAGAGCGUUUCUCCAUGUCUCGCUCCCCUGAGCCAGGGACCGUUGGCAGCUUUUUAGACAGAGGGUAGCAGAAAGCAGCAUAGCCCACUCUUUGAGGACCCCGCAUCAGAACAGGAUCUCCCAGCUAGAAGUGCUCUGAAGCCUCAGGCUGGGAGGCGGCUUCAGAAAGCCAAUCUCUAAGAAGGCGUGGCUCCAAAAUACCCACUAAUAAAACCCUGAGAGCUGCGGCCGGCAAUCUGGAGACCAGCAGGAGGCACUGGGGGCCUGCCAGCCAUCUCAUUGCUGGUGGUUGCUGGCAGACCGACGCCGAUGGCAUCCCCUGGAGCCCUGCUCCUCUGCACGCUGGUCCUCACAGUCUCCGAAGGCGGGGGUCGGGAGGCAGACGUUCCAGGCUGCCACUUGCAUCGCAGCCUCUGCAGAGGAGCAUCCCUGCUUGCCUGUUUCCUUCCAGCCUUCAAUGUGACAGUGCGAAGUGACCGCCAAGGCACCUGCCAGGGCUCCCAUGUGGCACAGGCCUGCGUGGGCCACUGUGAGUCCAGCGCAUUCCCCUCCCGGUACUCUGUGCUGGUGGCCAGUGGCUAUCGGCACAACAUCACCUCCAUCUCUCAGUGCUGCACCAUCCAAGGCCUGAAGAAGGUGAAGGUUCAGCUGCAGUGUGCGGGGAACCAGAGCAGGGAGCUAGAGCUCUUCACAGCCAGGGCCUGCCAGUGUGACAUGUGUCGCCUCUCACGCUUCUAGCCACUAGGAGCUCUAGCCCUGCGGUCCACUUGCCAUGGAACUGUUUAAACAAGGAGCUGCUCCAGCUCUGACCCUCUGAGUAAUUCGCAAUGGCCACCCGCUGAGAAGAGGGGUUUCUGCUUCUCCCUCGUCUCUGCCUGACCCUUCUAUCCAGUCUCCCGUCCCUUCCCGUCCUUUUUUGUCCCUGCCCCUAAAUAAAGCAAGCGGCUCUUGA